UUUUGUGACCAUCUUCAUUUAUACAGUGCCAUUUUCGUUCCAAAUCGUUUUUAUUUUCUCUUGCUAUUGGAGGGCUCAAGCCAUGGCUGCUGAGAAUCACGAGACGUCCAAUGGGUGGCCACUUGGGCUACAAAUAAUGACCAUGAGGCUUGGGUUACAAGAAAUAUACCAUGGUGCCGCUCCAGCGGUUCCUCCAAGCAGUUUCUCCUCAUUCUCUUCUUCUAACCUUGACACCGAGUCCUCAGCAUCGUUUUUCCAAGAUAGCAGUGUAUCCCUAGGGAAGCUAAUCGGACGAGGAGCAGGUGAUAGAGGACCACUGUAUUUGCAAAACACAGUUCAUACCCAUCAAAGCAAUAGGCAGUUGCCGGUUAAAAGAUCCGAGUAUCCGUUACAGAGGGGUCAGCGGUCAAGGGGGCAGUUUGGCCUUCUAUUCAGUCAGGCAAAGGGUGUCGAUGUUUGCAUUUUGCCAUUUGUUCCAGAAAGCGAUGGCUUGACAUUUUAA